GAGAGUGCCAUGGAGUGUGGAUGCGUGUUGACUUCAAAACUGCCCGCCCGCCCGUGUCAGUCAAAGUCAAGAGGUACACACAAGACAGCAUCGCCUAUGAGAGUCCUCACUGGCUCAAACCAAUCAACCAAUCACUCACUCGAUGUCCCAUCGCCCAAGACACUCAUGCACACACACACACACAUACACACACAUACACGUGUCUUUCCUUCCCCUCCUCUCUCCUGGCCGGUGGGGGCAGCGCGCCGACAGAUAGUUGAUCGGGGAACUGAGUGUCUGACGGUGCUCACGGUGUCACCGAGCACCGGCCAUACCAUCAGCUCUCCAAUCUCAUGGCAGUGCGCCGCAUAAACCAUUGGGCAUCACUCACUCUACCUCCUCCGUCCUGGUGGGGACGAUCUGUACCCUCCCCCAACACGCCCCAGGUCCUGACACACACACACAGACAAGAGAGAGAGAGAGAGAGAGAGAGAGGGUGUGAGGGGAGUGGGUGGCUUGCGUGUGUGUGCAGGUACCAUCAGCUCGCUUGGUGGUGUCUGGUCGACGUCCUCCAUCACCUUGCACAAUUCGCGGGCCAUGCGAACCUGACAGACACACACACACACACACGGACAGGCAAGGAGAGAAGAAAGACUGUUUUGCUUGCGUGCAGAAGGUGUGUGUGGGGUGUGGUGUGGGGUGCGUGCCUUCUCGGGUGUGUAGUAGUCGUAGGCGAAGAGGCUGAAGGCGGUGCCUUUGGCACCUGCACACACACACACACACACACACAGGUGUCUCUGGCCAGCAUGACAUCCCUCUCUCUCUCUCUCUCUCUGUCUGUGGGGUGUGUGUGUGUGUGUGCGUGCAGCCAAUAGGACAGGCUGUCCUGACCGACCAGCUCUGCCGGUGCGUCCGAUUCUGUGGAUGUAGUCCUCUGCGUUCUUGGGCAUGUCAUAGUUGACCACAUAAUCGAUAUUCUUGAUGUCUGCAGACAGACAACCAGACGCUCAAUGCAUUCCAUUCCAUUCAGCGACUGACUCAUCCCCCCACUCAGUCACUUCACACACUCAUCGAUGCACUAGUUAGUUCCCUCCCUCACCGAGCCCCCGAGACGCCACGUCGGUUGCAAUAAGGAAAUUGCAGCGACCUGCAGUGCACCCGAUGGAAGGAGGAAGGAGGAAGUGUGUCGGCCGGCGCAUACCAUCCACUCACUCCACUGGUGAGUGGAGUGGGUGGGUACCUACCAGUUUUGAAAUCGUUCAGGAUGCGGUCGCGGUCUCGCUGCUCCUUGUCGCCAUGGAUGCUGCACCACACCAACACACAAACGUUGAUUGAGCGCAUGUCAUGGCAUGUGGGUCCUGUGGGUGCCUCCCUCCCUCCCUGCCUCUCCCUCUCCCUCCCCUCCCUGGCUCACGCGGCGGCGUCGUAUUGUUGGUAUCUCAGCUCGCGGCACAGCUGGUCGCAGCCCCGCUUGGUCUCGCAAAACACCAGCAUCUGCAUGGCCAUUGACACACACACACACACACACUUGGGUUAAUGCAGGAGCUCCUGAUCCCUCUCGCUUCCUCUUGGCUUGCACCUUCUCCUUUUGUGAAGCGUUCUCCUUGAUCCACUCAAAGAACCUGACAACACGACACACACACACACACAGACAGACAACGAGAGAGACGGGGAUGGGAAUCGGAUGCAGUGCGCUCACAGGCACACACACACACACACACACAGACAGACAUACCUGUUUCGCUUGUCGACCUCCGGGACCACUUCGAUGACCUGAGUGAUGUCCUUGUUGGCCUGCAGCUCGUGGCCACCCACCACGAUCUUCACGGGAUCCUCACGGCAGAAAUCACUGAGUGAGCACACGAACAAACCAAGACGUACCUACUGUGGGUGUCUGUCUGUGUCUGUGUCUGUGUGUGGGUACCCACCCACCCCGUAAACCCACCGUGCGAGCGCCUGCACGUCCUUGGGCCAUGUGGCACUCCACAUCAGGGUUUGCCUGCGGGAGAUGAGAGGGAGGGAGGGAGGGAGGCAACCAAGUCUGUCUGGUGGCUCUGUGAGUCUGUGUGUGUGUACCGAUCCGGCCGUAUCUGCGACACGAUUUUCCGAAUCUGAGGCUCGAAGCCCAUGUCCUGACCAUAGACAACACACCCACACAGAGACUCACUCACAGGCCCAUGCAUUUGCAAUGCGGCGCUCCUUCUGUAUGUGUAUGUUGAUUGAUGUGCCUUACGAGCAUUCUGUCUGCCUCAUCGAGCACGAGGUAGGUCACUCUCUUGAGGUUGGUCACGCCCUGCUCCAGGAAGUCGAGCAGACGGCCUGGGGUCGCAAUCACAAUCUCCACCUGAUAUAGGCAAGCCAGCCAUCAUUCCAUUUGUGUGUGAGUCGAGUUGAUGUGUCGUUGAGGGGGCGGGGGGAGGGGAGUGGCUUGGCGCUCACCCCUCUCCUCAGCUCGUUAGCUUGGCCGUACCGCGACACACCGCCGUAGACACACGAGCUCAUGAUCGAUGACGACUGACCUGCACAAUCCACAGCACAAGACGACACAACACAACACAACACAACUCAACUCACCGCAACACAACUCACCGCAAACAAAGACGUACCGAACUUGAGCGCCUCCUUCUGGAUCUGCACGGCCAGCUCUCGGGUCGGCGCCAGCACCAACACAACGGGCCCGUCGCCAGACUGAGGGAUGGAUGAGAUGACACGCAGUACCAGACGUCAUUCCGUCAUUCCAUUCCAGCAGGCAGGCAGAGCAGCAUGUGAUGUGUCUUCGGGCGUACUCUCAGUGGCGGCUGUGCGUUGAUGUGCAAGACGGCGGGGAAGAGAUACGCCAGCGUCUUGCCAGAGCCUGGUUCACCCCCCACACACACACUCAACGCAUGUGGUGCGCUCCGCUUCCAUCACACCGCACCCUACGCAAGCAAACGUGUAGGCACGUACCUGUCUGAGCAACGCCCACCAUAUCCCGGCCUGAUAGAGCCACGGGCCAACCCUGCAGACAGACAGACGCACAAACAGAGGCAUACGAGCACGUCACGUCACAUGCAGAUGAGAUGGCCCCGUCCGUCCGUGUGCUCGCGUGGCGUGGAAGAAGGCGUGUCGUGUCCGCACCCUACAUACCAUGGACUGAAUGGGCGACGGUUUGUCGAAGUUGGAUUUUUCCACCUCCUGCAUGAUGUAGUCUGCACGCCAGGAGCCACAUAACGCGCACCAACAUAUACGCCGUCCUUGCAAGUGUGUGUGUAUGUGAAGUGUGUGGCGUGUCGCAUCAUGUAGCAUCGCACCCGGCAGGCCGGCCUCGUCGAAGGAGUAGAUGGGCUUGGGGAUGGGCGGGUUGCCGCGAACCGAGAUCUCCAGCGACUGCAGGAACGACUUGACCUCCUCAUUCGAACGCUGAACAAACAAACAGACCAACGAACGAGCCACAAUAGAACCCAACUCACAAACAACGAUUCUCUCUCUCCGUCUCUCUGUCCAUGCUGCACUGACUGACCUGAGUGACACUGGGGUGCUCAACGUAGAAGUUCUUCUGGAAGGGGACGAUCUCCUCAUUGCCCCACUGUAUCUGCCGCAGGUUCACCCCCGCCAUGGCCAUCUUGUCGCGCGUCCCCACGCCCCUCUCCGCCCUCUCCACACCAGUGAACCCAAACCCGCCCCGACGCACCGGCUGCUGCGCCUCCUCAUAGCGCCGCCCCGAGUACUCCGUCGCAUAGGGGUCGGAGGUCGACGCAUACGGGUCGCUGCCGUUGGUCUGGCCAUAGGGGUGGCCAUCACCAUUUGUUCUGUCGGCAUAGCCAUUCGUCUGUGUCUGUCGGGAGGCGGCAGGGGUGAAUGGCGGAGGGGAGGGAGGGGAGAUGGGUUGCUGGUCCAGCUGUGUCUGUGUCUGCAUCGCGUCGGUCUCUGCAUACUGCUGAUAUUGCUGAUACUGCUGCUGUGCCGCUUGAGAGAAGGGCCGGGUGAUGAGCCUGCAGCAUGGCGCGGUGCCGCGAUGAGUGAGGGAGGGCAGCCCUCCUGACAUAAGGCGCCGAAGCAUCAUCAGUGGAAGAUCUGAUGAACACAGCGCCUCUUCGGGGUCAGAAGAGGCCGCAAACACCCGGGGAGAG